AUGAGUGACUUGCCUAUCGAAUUUACCGAAUUGGUUGAUUUAACCAGUCUAGGGAUCUCUCCUCAAUCCCUUGACUUUAGGUCGACCACCUUUGAAAGUGAUCGUUUCGUUACAGUAAGAGAGACAAUUGAUGGUGCUAAUUCUGUUGCAAUUGUUGAUCUAGCAAAUGGGAAUGAUGUUACCAAAAAAAAUAUGGGUGGUGAUUCUGCAAUUAUGCAUCCAUCACAAAUGGUCAUCUCUGUCAGAGCCAAUGGUACUAUUGUACAGAUUUUCAAUUUAGAAACAAAGUCUAAAUUGAAAUCUUUUACAUUGGAUGAACCUGUUUUGUUUUGGAAGUGGUUAAAUGAAGAAACUUUAGGUUUUGUUACUGCAAGAUCAAUCCUUAUCUCCAACGUCUUUGAUGGCAAUGUUAGUGGAAAACCAACUUUAUUAACUACAAGACAUCAAAAUUUAAAUAAUACUCAAAUUAUUAAUUUUGUAGCAAAUAAAAACUUAGAUUGGUUUGCUGUUGUAGGUAUUUUACAAGAAAAUGGCCGUAUCGCAGGUAAAAUCCAAUUGUAUUCUAAGCAGCGUAAUAUUUCUCAAGCUAUUGAUGGUCACGUAGCAAUCUUUUCGGGAAUUGUUUUAGAAGGUAACGGUUCCUCCCCUGUACAAGUUUUCGUCACUGGUAACAGAAAUGUCACCACUGGUUCAGGUGAAUUACGUAUCAUUGAAAUCGAUCAUGAUGCUUCUUUACCAACCCAAUACCAGAAAAAGACAAUGGAAAUUUUCUUCCCACCAGAUGCUACCAACGAUUUCCCAAUUGCUGUUCAAGUUUCUGAAAAGUAUGGUGUUGUUUAUAUCUUAACUAAAUACGGGUUCAUUCAUUUAUACGAAUUAGAAACUGGUACUAAUUUAUUUGUUAACAGAAUUACAGCAGAAUCUGUAUUCACAGCUACUGCUUAUGAUAAUAAAAAUGGUAUUGCAUGUAUCAAUAAGAAGGGUCAAGUCUUGGCUGUAGAAAUCUCUACUUCCCAAAUUGUUCAAUACGUAAUUAAUAAAUUAUCAAACGUCACCUUGGCUAUCUCUAUGGCUCGUAGAGGUGGUUUGCCAGGUGCCGAUGAUUUAUUCCAAAAGCAAUUCGAUACAUUAUUAUCCCAAGGUGAUUACCAAAAUGCUGCUAAAGUUGCAGCUUCUUCUCAACAAUUAAGAAAUCAAAAUACCAUUAACAGAUUGAAAAAUGUUCAAGCCACUCCAGGUUCUAUUUCUCCAUUAUUAUUAUAUUUCUCUACUUUAUUAGAUAAUGGUAAAUUGAACAGAGAAGAAACUAUUGAAUUGGCAAAGCCUGUAUUACAACAAGAUAGAAAACAAUUAUUUGAAAAAUGGUUAAAAGAAGAUAAGUUAGAAUGCUCAGAAGAAUUAGGUGAUAUCGUUAAACCAUUUGAUACCACUUUAGCUUUAGCUUGUUACUUAAGAGCAAACUCUCAUCCAAAAGUUGUUGCUUCUUUAGCUGAAUUGCAACAAUUUGAUAAAAUUUUACCAUAUUGUGAAAAAGCAGGUUACCAACCAAAUUUCUUAGUUUUGAUUUCUACUUUAAUCAGAACUUCUCCUGAUAGAGCUUCGGAAUUUACAACUUCUAUUUUACAAAACCCAGCUGUUGCCCCACAACUAGAUAUUGAAAAGAUUGCUGACUUAUUUUUCUCUCAAAACCACAUUCAACAAGGUACUGCUUUGUUAUUAGAUGCUUUGAAAAGUGAUACACCAGAUCAAGGUCAUUUACAAACUCGUGUUCUUGAAGUUAAUUUAUUGCAUGCACCACAAGUUGCUGAUGCUAUUCUAGGUAAUAACAUCUUUUCUCACUAUGAUAAGCCAACCAUCGCUUCCUUAUCUGAAAAAGCUGGUCUGUUCCAGAGAGCUUUAGAAAAUUAUGUUGAUAUAAAAGAUAUAAAGAGAUGUAUUGUUCAUACAAAUGCCUUACCUGUAGAAUGGUUAGUCGCAUACUUUGGUAAAUUAAAUGUUGAACAAUCAUUGGCUUGUUUGAAGGCUUUAAUGGACAACAACAUGCAGCAAAAUAUUCAGAUUGUUGUCCAAGUAGCUACUAAAUAUUCUGAUCUAAUCGGUUCUCCAGUGUUGAUCAAGUUAUUUGAAGAAUACAACGCUACUGAGGGUUUGUACUACUACUUAGCUUCAUUGGUCAAUCUAACCGAUGACAAAGAUUUGGUUUAUAAAUACAUCGAAGCUGCUGCUAAGAUGAAACAAUAUACCGAAAUUGAAAGAGUUGUUAGAGAUAAUAAUACUUACGACCCAGAAAGAGUAAAGAAUUACUUGAAGGAUGCCAACUUAGAGGAUCAAAUGCCAUUGGUAAUUGUUUGCGAUCGUUUUGGCUUUAUUAAUGAAUUGGUUAUUUACUUGUACAAUUCACAAAACUUAAAGUUUAUUGAAUCUUAUGUUCAACAAGUCAACCCAUCCAAAACUCCAGAAGUCGUUGGUUCUUUAAUCGACUUAGAUUGUGAUGAAAACUUUAUUAAGGGUUUGCUUCAAUCAGUAUUCGGCCAAGUUCCAAUCAAUGAAUUAACCACUGAAGUCGAAAAGAGAAAUAGAUUAAAGUUGUUAUUACCUUAUUUGGAACAAAGCUUAGCUCAAGGUAACCAGGAACAAUCUGUCUACAAUGCAUUGGCCAAAAUCUAUAUCGAUUCUAACAAUGCCCCAGAAAAGUUCUUGAAGGAAAAUGAUCAAUAUGACACUAUUGAUGUUGGUCAUUAUUGUGAAAAGAGAGACCCAUACUUGGCUUACAUUGCCUACGAUAAAGGCUCCAAUGAUGACGAUUUAAUCAGAAUUACCAAUGAAAACAGCAUGUACAAGUACCAAGCUAGAUAUUUGUUAAAACGUUCUGAUCCUUCAUUAUGGAAUAAGGUUUUAGGUGAAGAUAAUGUUCAUAGACAACAAUUAAUCGAUGCUGUUAAUUCUGUUGGUAUCCCUGAAUUGACUGACCCAGAACCAGUUUCAAUUACUGUACAAGCUUUUAUGACUAACGGCUUAAAAUUAGAGUUAAUCCAAUUAUUGGAAAAAAUAGUUUUAGAAGACUCUCCAUUUAGUGAUAACGUAGCUCUCCAAGGCCUAUUAUUGUUAUCUGCAAUUAAAUAUGAACCAAAUAAGGUAAGAAGAUACAUCGAAAAGUUGAAAAAUUAUGAUGCUGAUGAAAUUGCCUCCUUGUGUAUCGAACACGAUUUGAAGGAAGAAGCUUUUGAAAUAUUCGACAAACACGAGUUGUACAACAAAGCCCUAAAUGUUUUAGUCGAGAAUGUAAUGUCUUUAGAUAGAGCAUACUCUUACGUUGAAAAGAUUGAUACAAAAGAAUUGUGGUCCCAAUUAGGUGCUGCUCAACUUGACGGUUUACGUAUUCCUGACGCUAUCACAUCUUACAUAAAAGCAGAAGAUCCAUCUAAUUAUGAAAGUGUGAUUGAUGUUGCAGUCGAAGCUGGUAAUUAUGAGCAAUUGAUUCCAUACUUAUUAAUGGCUAGAAAAACUUUGAAAGAAUCAAAGAUCGAUGGUUCUUUAGUUUUGGCUUACGCUUCCUUGGACAAGGUCCAUGAAAUCGAAAACUUGGUUGCCAACUCUAAUGCUGCUAAUUUGGAUGCAGUUGGUGAUAAGUUAUUGGAUAUGAAAAACUACAAGGCUGCAAAAUUAUGCUUCUCAAGCGUUUCUAAUUACUCUAAGUUAGCCUUUACUUUGGUCCAUAUCGGUGACUAUCAAAGUGCUGUCGAUACAGCUAGAAAAGCUUCUAAUAUCAAGGUUUGGAAGCUUGUUAACGAGGCAUGUGUUGAUAAAAAGGAAUUCAGACUAGCUCAAAUUUGUGGUUUAAAUUUGAUUGUUCAUGCUGAAGAAUUAAACGAACUAGUUGAAAAAUAUGAAUCUAAUGGUUACUUUGAAGAGUUGAUUUCCUUGUUUGAAGCUGGUUUAGGUUUAGAAAGGGCUCAUAUGGGUAUGUUUACAGAGCUAUCAAUUUUGUAUUCGAAAUAUGAACCUUCAAAAACUUUUGAUCACUUGAAGUUGUUCUGGUCAAGAAUUAAUAUUCCAAAGGUAAUCAGAGCUGUCGAAGAAGCACAUCUAUGGCAAGAAGUAGUUUUCUUAUAUGCCCAUUAUGACGAAUGGGACAAUGCCACACUAACCAUGAUCGAAAAAUGUACCAAAUCUUUCGAUCACGAAUACUUCAAGGAAAUUAUUGUUAAAGUUGCCAAUCUUGAAAUCUACUAUAAUGCUAUUAACUUCUAUGUUAAAAAGCACCCAGCAUUAUUAAUCGAUUUAUUGUCAGUUUUGACUCCAAGAUUAGAUAUUCCAAGAACAGUUCAAAUAUUUGCAAAGUCUGAUAACUUGCCUUUGAUUAAGCCAUUCUUGAUUAAUGUUUUACCAAAGAACAACUCUGUUGUUAACCAAGCAUAUCAUGACUUAAUGAUUGAAGAAGAAGAUCACAAGGCUUUAAAAGACGCUGUUGACUCAUAUGAUAAAUUCGAUCAAAUUGCUCUAGCUGAACGUUUGGAAAAACAUGAAUUAAUUUUCUUCAAAAAAAUUGCUGCUUUACUUUACCGUAGAAACAGAAAGUGGGCAAAGAGUUUAUCUAUCCUAAAAGAAGAGAAGUUAUGGAAAGAUGCCAUUGAUACUGCUGCUAUUUCUCAGGAUUCAAAGGUUGUUGAAGAUCUAUUUACCUAUUUCAUCGAGACAGACAACAAGGAAGCUGUUGUAGCAUUAUUAUACACUGCCUAUAAUUUGUUCAAGUAUGACUUCGUUUUGGAAAUGUCUUGGUUGAAUUCUUUAGAAAACUAUACCAAACCCUAUGAAAUUUCUGUAAAGAAAGAACAAACAGAAGCAAUUGAAAAGUUAUCUAAACAAUUAGGUGACAGAGCCAAUGUAUCUGAUAACAAAAAUGCCCCAGGUGAACCACUUAUGUUGACUAAUGGUAUGGGUUACCAACAAACUGGGUUUUAA